GAAGACUAAUAAGAGACGUUGACCAAAAAAAGACUAAUAAGAGAUGAAGAAUUACAUGUAGCAAGUAGCAACCAAUUUCAAUUUGGCCAAGUUUCAAUUCCAUUCUCAGUCCCUUAUCAAUGUCUCCACUUAAGCUCCUUGUCAUUCUCCUUCACAUUGUUACCAUUCUGAGUUCUGUUUCCUCAACUGAAUUUGUUUACAACACAAACUUCAACUCCACAAACACCAUCCUAUAUGGAAAUGCCAUCAUUGAGCACUCCAUUCUGACUCUCACUAAUGGCAGUUCCUUCUCCAUAGGCCGCGCUUUUUACCCUCAUAAAAUACCUACCAAACCGUUCAACUCCUCCUCCACCCUUCUCCCCUUUGCAACCUCCUUCAUUUUCUCGGUCGCCCCCAUCAAACACUUCCUUCCCGGUCCCGGCUUUGCCUUCCUUUUUACACCGUCAAGAGGAUUAAACGGCACAACCUCAGCUGAGUAUCUUGGUCUUUUCAAUCGUACCAAUGAAGGUAAUCCAAAGAACCAUGUUCUGGGAGUUGAGUUUGAUACAAUCAGAAAUGAGGAAGAGUUCAAUGACACAAACGGCAAUCAUGUUGGCGUUGAUAUAAACUCGCUUGAAUCCUCCACAUCACAUGAAGCUGGCUACUGGGGUGGGAAAGAUGACAAUGAAUUUGAGGUGUUGAGGAUAAUAAAUGGAGAAAACUACCAGGUAUGGAUUGAAUUUAAGCAUUCCCAGCUUAACAUAAGUAUGGCUCGUGCAGGACAAAAAAGGCCGCGAGUGCCUCUUAUCAGUACGAAUGUUAACCUUUCCGAGGUUCUCAUGGAUGAAACUUAUGUUGGGUUCUGCGCAGCAACAGGGAAAAUAGUAGACAGUGUUAAGAUUCUUGGUUGGAGUUUUAGCAAUUCAAAUUUUUCAAUUGGUAAUGCUUUGGUGACAGAAAAUUUGCCUUCAUUUGUUCUUCAUAAAAGUUGGUUUUCCGGAGCACGAGGUUUAGCUGUAGGGAUCACCAGUGUCGUCUGUGUGUUAAUCACUGGUUGCGGUUGUGCAGCAUUUUUCACGCUCCGUAGGGGAAACGAGGCAUUGGAAGAUAUUGAAGACUGGGAACUAGAGUACUGGCCACACAGGAUUAGUUUCCAUGAGAUUGAUGCAGCAACAAGAGGGUUCUCUGAAGAGAAUGUGAUUGCGAUAGGAGGAAGCGGGAAGGUAUAUAAAGGGGUUUUGCAAGGAGCAGAGGUUGCAAUCAAGAGAAUCCCUCAGGAAAGAGAAGGAGGGAUGAGAGAGUUUUUGGCUGAGGUUUCAAGCAUAGGCAGAAUGAAACACAGAAACUUAGUAGCAUUAAGAGGUUGGUGCAAAGAGCAGAAAGGAACUUUGAUUCUAGUCUAUGACUUCAUGAAUAAUGGAAGCUUAGACAAAAGGAUCUUUGACUGUGAAGAGGGAAAGAUGCUAACUUGGGAAGAGAGAAUUGAAGUUUUGAAAAAUGUAGCAGCAGGGAUUCUAUACCUGCAUGAGGGUUGGGAAGUUAAGGUCUUGCAUAGGGACAUCAAAGCAAGCAAUGUACUACUUGACAAGGACAUGAAAGCUAGGUUAGGCGAUUUCGGAUUGGCGCUUAUGCACGAGCACCAGGGACAAGUGGCGAGCACAACAAGAAUACUAGGCACAGUGGGAUACAUUGCUCCUGAAGUAAUUCGAACCGGAAGAGCCUCAACCAUGUCUGAUGUGUUUGGUUUUGGAUUAUUAGUACUGGAAGUAGUUUGUGGGAGAAGACCAAUUGAAGAACAUAAGCCAGGGCUAAUUGAAUGGGUUAUGUCUUUAAUGGUGCUUGGCCAAUUGCACAAUGCUGUUGAUGAAAGGUUGAAUGCUUGUGGGGGAUACACCAUUAUGGAAGCUGAGAGAUUGCUUAAUUUGGGUUUAGUGUGUGCAAAUUCAGACCCUAGUGUGAGGCCAACUAUGAUGCAGAUUGUGAAAAUGCUGGAGGAGGGUGAUGAAGGAAGUGAAUAUUUGAGUUUGCUUGGGAAAAUAAAAUCAACUGCAAUGUGGUCUAGAACUGAAGGUGCUUUUGACCAAAUUAGGAUAUUCAGUUUUAAUUCUAAGGCGUCCACAAGUUGCUCAGGUAUCACUCCAGAAUCAAAUUCAGAUACAACCCUUGAAGGCAGGUAAGGUUUUUAGUUGUUGCAUAUUUUAGGUAAUCCAUCAUGUUUUAGUGAAUAAAGGAUAUCAGUGUUGUAAGAACCGGACCGGACAAGCCGGACAAACCGUAAGGUUUGGCUUAAUUGAGCUUGUGGACACUGUACACUUCCAAAAAAUAGUAAGUCAAGUUUACUACUCAAUUUUCAAUGCUGGUGCUUAAAAAAAGUCCAGCGAGUACUCUUGGUCCUGUGACCUUAUUAAAUGCAGUCUACAGAAUCUAAUCAUUUUGUUCAAGAGUUUGGGUGAGGGGAUUUGUAAAGAAUAUUGAAAAAUCAAAAGGAUGACUAAAUUGGAAGCCUCGUUCACUCAAAAUUAAUAUUCUUAUUAAUUAAUACAAUUAAUACUCCACGAUCUAAUCAGCAUGUCCAUUCACAUAAUAAAAUACUACUAGAGCUAUAGCAAGGGGCAGGAAUAGUUCCUAUCUUUGGGGAAGCUGAGAGAUUGCUUCACUUGGGCUGUCAAGGUUGGAAUGCUUGGGGAUGCAAAUGGUGUUACUGGCUAUUGGCUUUUGUUGAGGAAAAUUUCUUUUGCUUGUUUUCCAACGAGGUGGGGCUUAGUUGUGGUUUAUUUGGGGUUUUUUCAUUAGUAUCUGUUUGGUUUGUAGGUGUAAUUUAUUUUUCUAGUCUUUUGUUUUUACUUUCUCUUGUAUUGGGUUGAAGUACCCCUUGUACUUCAUAUCAAUAUAAAUUCAUGGCUUAUCAAAAAAAAAAAAAACUUGGGUCUGUCAUGUACUAGUGUAGAGCCUUGUGUAAGGCCAAGGAUGAGGCAAGUGGUGAAAAUGUUGGAGGGGAUAAAAUGCAGUGAUGAGUGUAAUGAAGAGUGUGUUCAUGUCAAUGUGAGUCUGAUUGGGAAAAUAAACUCUGCAGCAUCAUGGUCUAGCAGUUCUACAAGCUCUCCCCAAUGAAAUUUCCAACCUUUGAUGAAAUUUUCCCCUCCAAAUAUUAUUCUACAGCAUCUUUUUUAAGCAUCUCUUGUAACAGCCCACAGCCAGAUUCGGAUUUUGUAUCAGAUGGAAGGUGAAAACUGAAAUUCACUCUAUCACUAUGGUAGUGUGUUUGGACACCUAAAAGCACUCCCAUUUCAAUCU